ACCCCCAGUCUGCAAGCCUCGUUACAAGAUACGCGCCUCAGCUCUCACCAUGUCUUCCACGCAAACUCCCCUAGCAGGCGCGGAGCCUAAAAUCCCCCAGGACUUCCUGGCCGGUCCGGCACCCGCCAACAUGACAUGCGAGCACAUCGAUUUCGCAAACAGCCCCGUACCCAAGUACGCCGGAAUGUACGCCGUGGUACUGGACAACGUCUUGACGCCAGAGGAAUGCGCGACGCUGGUGGCGCUAGCGGAAGCGCGCACCGGCGGAAAAUGGGAGCGCGCCAUGAUCAACGUCGGCGGCGGCAAGCAGGCCCUGAUGACCGACGAGCGCAACUGCGGCCGCAUUAUCUGGGACGACGUCCUGAUUACCGAUCGCAUCUGGAACCGCGUCAAGGGCCGCGUGCCCGAGGUUCUUGCGCUGGAAGGAACGCGCUGGGCUCAAACCGUGGGCCCCCGCGUACUUUACUGCAAUGAGACGUGGUGUGCCACGAGGCUGAAUGAACGGAUGCGUUUUCUGAAGUAUACCGGCGGAGAGUACUUUCGACCGCACAUGGACGGCGCGUACGUCACGCCUGACAACAAGGAACGCUCUUUUAUGACUUUCCAUUUAUACCUUAACGAUGCUUCGACCACUGCCGAGGGUGAAGAGCCGCUGGAGGGCGGUGCCACGACGCUCCAUAGCCCUGACACGUUUAUGAUGAUGGAUGGUCCCGAAGAAUACAAGAAAAAGGGGCGCCUGGAUAUUGUGCCCAAGGUGGGAAGGGUGCUUCUGUUCCAGCAUAGGAAUCUUGUUCAUUCGGGCGAUGAUGUGGUAAAGGGCACGAAGAUUACGAUGAGGACGGAUCUCAUGUAUAGGUGUGCCGGAGAAGAUUAAUAUUUAAAUUAGGCGGUAAUGGGGUAAGUCCUUCUCUCUGUUAGAAAACCUUGGAGUAGUUUUUUGGGUUCAUAAAUAUUAUUUCCACACUGAGGCUCCGAAUAAU